AUGUCUAGAAACAGCUUGAGUGGAACUAUUCCUGAAUGUAUUGGAAAUUUCAGCUCUAAUCUCCAGUUCAUAGAUUUGCAGAUGAACAACUUGAACGGGAACAACAAGUUAACCGAUAGGUUUCCCCCUUGGUUAGCUUCACUUCCAAGUCUGCAAAUUCUUAUCUUGAAACAUAAUAGAUUUCAUGGAUCAAUGCCUCAUUCCAUAGCUUCAUACAACUUCUCUGCAUUGCGAAUGAUUGAUCGCUCGGGAAACGAGUUCACCGGCACCUUGCCCUCGAAACUCUUCCGGAAUCUGAGAGCAAUGAGAGAGAAAUCAAAAGGGAGUCAUUCAAAUUUAGCAUUUCAACGAGAUGAUGGUGGUAAAUAUAUUGCCCAAUUUUACCGAAUUGCUGUGAAUGUAACAACUAAAAGAUUGGAGCUUGAAUUGAUGAAGACUGCAGCCAUAUUUGUAUCAAUGGACUUGUCCAACAACCAGUUCUUUGGACAAAUUUCUGAGGAAGUGGGACAACUUAUAUCCCUGCAAAUGCUCAACUUAUCUCACAACAACUUCACCGGUCCUAUCCCGGCGUCGUUCGGGAAUUUGACGGCACUUGAAUCGUUAGAUCUUUCAUCAAACAAGCUCGGUGGUAGGAUACCAUCUCAAAUGACGAAGCUGACAUUUCUUUCAGUGUUGAAUUUUUCAAAAAACAAUUUUGUUGGACCAAUUCCUCACGGGAAUCAAUUUGGUACCUUUGAAAAUGAUUCCUACAUCGGUAACUUGGGAUUGUGUGGCUUACCAUUGUCCAAGCAAUGCAACAACCAUGGGGAGGCCGAACCACCUGCACCGUCGGUGGCGGAAGAGGAGGAUUCUCAAGUACCCUUUUUGGCAGGUGGUAAUGAUGGGAUAUGGAAGUGGAGUGGUGCUAGGGAUGAGCCUCGGUUACAUUGUAUUCACAACCGGAAGACCAUGGUGGUUUGUUCGAACGGUCGAGAGAGAUUUGCAAUACAAAUUUACAAACUGGAUCAGAAGAAAGGGACCAAAAAGAAACUAGUUUCAACACCAAAUGUAAUUAAGAAAAGUGUAAAACUAUAG